CGUCCUCGUCGUCAGAGUCUCAGUCCGGCUGCAAUGGCUCUGUCAAGCGAUCCGCCGGACGAGAAGCCUUCCAUAUCCUCACAGACCGCAGCACCUUCGGCGAAGAAGCUCGGCAAGCAGGCUGUCGCGAGUACCUCAGCCAGCGCGGCGAAUAAGCGUAAAGUCGAGUCUGAGCCGGCUCAAGCUCGCAAGAAGUCCACACUGUCCUCUGUCACCGGUCCCACUGCUAGCCCGAGCAUAGCAAAGAAGCCAAUGGCGAAGAAAGUGAAGAGUCAGCACGCACAUCUCAGCCGACCUGAAGCAUCAACAUCGGCCAGUCGCGGCAGUACGCCCAUAGGACCCACGAGUGGCCCUACGGGUACAGAUGUAGUCCUCUCAUCCAAGAUGUACGACAAGCUGUUCGGCGCCAAACUCGACGAGCCGAAGCCCGUCAGGCGAUCAGACCCAAGUACGGCGACACCCGCCAGGCGAUCUGACUCGAGCAGGGUGUCUACUCCCAUCGCUUCGACUGGUACUGCAACAACGACGACGACAAGCAAGUCUGUAGAUCCUCUGGCCAGGAUCAAGAUCAGUAAGAAAGAGGGCGGUUCGAGCACGCCCAAGGAGAAAGUCUUGACAUCGGCCGAGCGAUUCAGUCAGCUGCGCCCUACUCCCGUCCCGAGGGAAAAGGUCCAGAUCUGGCCGAGCAAGGAACAGUGGGAGAGAGGAAAGUAUGAUAAGAAGGUGAGGACUCAGAUGCUGCUCAGUAACGGGAGGACGAAGAAGUACAAGCUCGUUGCGAGAAAGGCGAGCGCGAGACCGACUGUCAGAUCGAGCCAGCUCAGGGGCAGACUCAUGUCGGCAACCAAACCAGACGAAGUCGUUCCGAUGAUGCCAGAGGUUCGCAAUCCCAACGAGCUCUUUCCUCUCGAGUCAUUCGAUAUUACCCGCGUCAUGGGUCAGCAAGAUUCUCUUCGAGCGCCUAUCCAGACACUACUCUGGCGCAAUGAUCCCGACGCCUUGCUCAAGCAUAUUGCGCAACGCAAGCUACUGAAAGCACAGUACGACGCCAUCGCGCCUCGCAGCAAAGCGCCUCCCACUCCUGCUUCAUCCUCGGGCGGCAAAACCCCUCACGACCCCCGUCCGAUCGACCCGUCUUUGCCCUCCUACGGAGCAGUUCGUGCUCAAUCCCAAAAUAGAGAAUUGACUUUGGAUGGCUUUGGCUCGAUCAACAAGCAACAUGCUGGCAAGGGGAUCCACAUCAAGUUGAUGCACCCUUUUGUUCCGUUUGCCUCUUGGACGGAGAUACGGAAUGCCCAGACGACAGGAGGGAAAUCAGAUCUGUUCACACCUCUGUCGAUGAGCUUGCCCACCCCGCUCAAUCAGACGCACGGCAGGACGCCGUACAUGUCGGGCAUCAAGGAGGAGCCUCACUAGCAUCAUGACUCGGUCUGUUGUUGUUCAUUCGUUCGUCCGUGUGUCGUCAUUGAUUGAUCUGCGCU